GAAAGAGAGCAGUCAUGGCCUCGCCGGGCGCCCUGCGCUGCUUAAAAACCUCGGCCCUUAAUUCGCUCGCACCGGUUACUGCUGCUCCUGCUUCCUCACACCACCCUACCUCUCCUGCCAGAGCAGGAGGAAGAAAGAUUGGCAGGAAGCAGCAGUUCCUAGACCAAGGACCGGCCGGGGAGGACGGAGGAUAGAGACGGCGAGCGAGCAAGUGUAACUGUUGCCGUGGAAACGGGAGAGGGAUAGAGAGAGAGAGAGAAACGGGCCGGGAGGAGAGAGAUAAGCGCUAGCCAGGAAGGAAACAAGGUGGAAGCUUGCGCAGUGGGGGUGGGUGUGGAAAUGGCGUGAAGCAUGUCUGGAUCCCCAAGGUUUCGCGAUACCCUGCUGCCUAUUCUGCAGCGUUCGUCUCGAGCUGGAACUGGAAGGCGGCUACCACUCCGGCGCAGUCUUGCCCGGCCUACUCAUCGUCGUGUAUAAAUCAGAGCAGGGGGCCAGGCCACAGAAGGCACUGCAGCAGAGCAGCACAGAGAUCUCUACUCCUUCCCUUACAGCUGUGGAACGAGUGAGCGAGCAGGAGGGACAAGACAAGGUUGGUAGUAGUAGUAGUAGGUGGGUGGCUAGCCUGCAGCCAGCCGGCAAUGGAUUUCGGCGACGAACCUGAGGGCUCCGACAGCCAGCGCCAGCGGAAGCGGUACCACCGGCACACGCCGCGCCAGAUUCAGCAGCUCGAGGCGAUGUUCAAGGAGUGCCCGCACCCCGACGAGAACCAGCGCGCCGCGCUCAGCCGGGAGCUCGGCCUGGAGCCGCGCCAGAUCAAGUUCUGGUUUCAGAACCGCCGCACCCAGAUGAAGGCGCAGCACGAGCGCGCGGACAACUGCUUCCUGCGCGCGGAGAACGACAAGAUCCGGUGCGAGAACAUCACCAUGCGCGAGGCGCUCAAGAACGUCAUCUGCCCCAGCUGCGGCGGCCCGCCCGUCGACGAGGACUUCUUCGACGAGCAGAAGCUCCGCAUGGAGAAUGCCCGCCUCAAGGAAGAGCUGGAUCGGGUGUCGAGCAUCACGUCCAAGUACCUCGGCCGGCCGUUCACGCAGAUGCCUCCGGUGCCGACCAUGUCCGUGUCGUCGCUGGACCUGUCCGUGGGCGGGAUGGGCUCCCUCGGCGGGCCGUCGCUGGACCUCGACCUCCUCAGCGGCUGCUCGUCCGGGCUGCCGUACCAGGUGCCGGCGCCCGUGACGGAAAUGGAGCGCCCCAUGAUGGUCGAUAUGGCGGCGCGCGCCAUGGACGAGCUCAUCCGGCUCGCCCAGGCCGGCGAGCAAAUCUGGGUCAAGGGCGUGCCCGGGGACGCGAGGGAGGUGCUCGACGUCGGUACUUACGACAGCCUCUUCGCCAAGCCCGGCGCCGCGUUCCGCCCGCCGGACAUCAACGUCGAGGCGUCCAGGGACUCGGGCCUCGUGUUCAUGAGCGCCGUCGCGCUCGUCGACGUCUUCAUGGACACGAACAAGUGGAUGGAAUUCUUCCCCGGCAUCGUGUCCAAGGCGCAAACCGUCGAUGUUCUCGUGAACGGCUUGGGCGGGAGGAGCGAGUCCUUAAUCAUGAUGUAUGAGGAGCUGCACAUCAUGACUCCGGUCGUGCCGACUCGCGAGCUGAGCUUCCUCCGCUACUGCAAGCAGAUCGAGCAGGGGCUGUGGGCCGUCGCGGACGUCUCCCUGGAGGGGCAGCGCGACGCCCAUUACGGCGUGCCGUCCCGCUCCCGUCGCAUGCCGUCGGGGUGCCUCAUCGCCGACAUGUCGAACGGCUACUCCAAGGUGACCUGGGUCGAACACAUGGAGAUCGAGCAGAUGCUCCCGAUCAACGUCCUUUACCGCAACCUGGUGCUGAGCGGCGCCGCGUUCGGGGCGCACCGCUGGCUGGCCGCGCUGCAGCGUGCGUGCGAGCGGUUCGCGUCCGUGGCCACCCUCGGCGUGCCGCACCACGACGUCGCCGGAGUGACGCCGGAGGGGAAGCGGAGCAUGACGAAGCUGUCGCAGCGGAUGGUGAGCAGCUUCUGUGCCAGCCUGAGCUCGUCGCCGCUGCAGCGGUGGACGCUGCUCUCUGGCACCACGGACGUGAGCGUCCGGGUCUCCACGCACCGCAGCACCGACUCAGGCCAGCCCAACGGCGUCGUCCUCAGCGCCGCCACCUCCAUCUGGCUGCCCGUCCCCGGCGACCAUGUCUUCGCCUUCGUCCGCGACGAGAACGCGCGCUCCCAGUGGGAUGUCCUGUCGCACGGCAAUCAGGUUCAGGAGGUGUCGCGCAUCCCCAACGGCUCCAACCCCGGCAACUGCAUCUCCCUGCUAAGAGGUCUGAACGCGAACCAGAACAGCAUGCUGAUCCUUCAGGAGAGCUGCACGGACGCGUCGGGGGCGCUGGUGGUGUACUCGCCGAUCGACAUCCCGGCGGCGAACGUGGUGAUGAGCGGCGAGGACCCGUCGGGCAUCCCGCUGCUGCCGUCGGGCUUCGCCAUCCUGCCGGGGUCCGGCGCGGGCGCGUCCAGCAGCGCCGUCGUCCCGCCGCCGGGCUGCGUGGUCACCGUCGCGUUCCAGAUCCUCGUCAGCAACCUGCCGUCGUCCAGGCUGAACGCCGAGUCCGUCGCCACCGUCAACAGCCUCAUCGGCACCACCGUGCAGCAGAUCAAGGCGGCGCUCAACUGUGCCGGCCAUUGAUCGCCUCGUCGCCCUUCCACCCUCGCUCCGCCGCCACAGUAACUGACGAGAGUUGGUUGGCCCGUUGAAUGCUCGCAUUCAUGGAGUCCACCUGCCGCUGCUCCCGCGGAAACUGCUGACGCCCUCCAGCAACCUAUAUCCAUGAUCCAUCCCCACCAUGCACCAUAACAGCUUUUCCUUCCUCUAGAUUCAGCGUCGUUUUCCUUGGCUUAAAGUUCUCAGGAUUCGCCCGAGUCCUCUUCUUCUUUCUUUUUUUUUUCUUUCCUCCUUAGGCAUCAUUCGCUCGUGCGCCAAAGAUCUGUCGAAGGCUUUAUGAGACUGAGGGAGUCAAGAACGCACCAUGCUACCUUGUCCCUUUCCUCCGGCUGCAGCCGUUUUUUCCCCUCGCCAUGCACCCACCCACCCACCCCACACACACUUCUUCCUUUUCCCUUAGUAAAAACUUGCAUGCAUGCUCACAUCCUUGUCAUGUCGCCAUUGUCGUUGGUGCUGCCGCAACAGAGGAUGAAUGGUUCGGGUAUUGACUUCUGUCCAUUAAUGUAAAGCCUUCAAUGAACAUUCAUUUCGAUUAUAAAUGGAAAGGAGAAAAAAAACACAAGUUCUGGUAAAAA